GUGCCUUAUGAGGGGGAGUCGCUAAGUAUGCUUCUGGUGAUACCAUUUGAGAGGGAUGUGCCUCUGUUGGCCCUGAACAAAGAGCUGAGAAGCAGCAGGAUUCACCAAUGGAGAAAACAGAUGAGAAAGAUUAACAAACAACUUGCUAUUCCAAGGUUCUCCAUGGAUACAGAAACUGAUCUGAAGUCCACACUGAGCAAGAUGGGUCUUGGAGACAUUUUCAGCCAGAGCAAAGCUGAUUUCUCUCACAUUACCACUGAGGAACCUUUAUGUGUAUCCAAGGUCCUUCAGAGGGUAAAACUUGAGGUGAAUGAAGAAGGAACCAAAGGCUCAUCUGCCACAGCGGCUGUCAUCUACUCUCGUAUGGCUGUAGAGGAGAUCAAACUCGAUAGACCCUUCUAUUUCCUCAUUCAACACAAACCCACUGGUGCGUUGUUGUUCAGCGGUCAAGUGAACCAGCCUCAGGAAUACUAACAGACCAAGGUUGUGUCUGAAGUGCCCAUACAAACAGAAGGACCAAGGAAACUGCCAACAAGUCUGCACACAACAUACUACUGAAGACAGGAGAUGCUGAGAGUUCAGUUUUAGAAUGAAUUUUGGAGGAAAAGCUGUAAAACCUUCUAUAUCUGUCAUGUGAGCAUAGCUUGAAGUGCCAAACUUUAAAAAGAAAUAGAUGUUUAUUCAGUAUGUGUCCUUAGCUAUGGGAGAGGAAAGAGUUAUAAUAUAAAAGAAAG